AUGUUGUUUGCUUUCUCUUCGUUCCUGAGAAGCCAUGAGGGAAAGCUGGUUCGGCGACCGCACGUCGCCAGCAUGGAGCUGCCACAGUUCCUCCCGAGGGCUGCGGGAAGGAGUUGGGGCCCCGGGAGAGGCCGGGCUACCACCGGGCCCAUUUCUGCGGUGUCCCUUCAUGUCAGAGGCCCCCAGUCCGAGAGAGCCCCGUUCCCUUGCCCAGCUGCGAGGCCGAGAGGCGCCGUGCACGGGAGCCACGGCUGUGAGGGAGCGGAGAGCCCUCAGGGCAGGAAGCGCGAGCCACAGCUCCCCCCGCCCCGCCUUCCCCGCGGCCUUGCCGGGCCCCGGGGCCUACAUCGCUGCCAAAUAGCCAUUUUUUUCAAGCGAGGAGAGGCUCUGUUAGACAAGAGGCAGCUGAGAUUUCAUUGCAAAGCUAUUAAAACCACAAAAAAAAUGACAGAGAGUGGUGGGCAGGAACAGUCAAGAUGGAUUACAACGGUUAUUAUGAGUAUGGGUCUGCAGAAUCAUGAAAUCUCUACAGUUCUACAGAGGCAACAACACAGAGUUCGAUAUUCAGAAUCAGUGGAAAUUGGAUCUGUGAUUUUUUCUCUUUCUGGUGUUGCAUUUAUACUGGCAGACACUCAAGACUUGGUUAUGAGAGGGGAAGAACAGUUUUUAGAAAGAAUUCAGAAGUUCAUAAACAUACAUCGGAAUAGUUUUUUGGUUUUGUCAGCUGCUCUUCAUGGACCACAGGAAUGGAAUAUAAUGUUUAGGAUUCAGAGAAGAUUCCUGGGCAGCAAUUUACAUGUAAUACCAGUUCAUAAUACUGCUGAAACAGUUAAGUUAAUGCUAACUAUAGCUAAGCAUAGGCCAAGGGAACAAUACCAUCCAACUAGUCCUGAGCUAUCACACCAACUCCUCUUGAAAUACUAUCCAGAUAAUCAGAAGCAAUGCUGAUGGAACCAGUUACUUUAGGACUGGUCUUGCAGCUAAAGGAAUACAUCCAAUCACCUCUGUGU